CACCGUAUCCCCCACUACCCCCACCCCUCCUUUGCUUUUUCCACAACGUGGAAACGAAGACGAAAAGAAACAAACGGUGGGUUUCGAUCACGGCGAAGCAGGCGAUCGCGGAGACGAGCUCUACGGUUUGGAGUGCGGCGGUGGAGCUGGGUAAUCGAGGGUUCGAGCUCGCGAAAAGGGACGGAGGGGGGUGGCGCUGGGUGAUCCUCACGGGGUAUCCUCCCACGGUGGUUUUCUCGAGCUCCGUCGAUCUUAACCCUCCUAGGUGUUCGAUCGCGGGGGGAAAGAGGCGUCUCGGAGGCGGUCUCUUCGGUUUGGAGUGCGGCGGUGGCGCUGGGGGGGCCGAGGGCUCGGGCUCGCGAGAGGGGAGCGGCGAUGACGGUGGUGCCGCUAGAAUCGCUCCCGCUAGGGUUCCGGUUCCACCCUACCGAUGAGGAGCUGGUCAACCACUACCUCAAGCGCAAGAUCACGGGGCGGAUCAGGGCCGAGAUCGAGGUGAUCCCCGAGAUUGAUGUGUGCAAGUGCGAGCCCUGGGAUCUCCCAGAUAAGUCUCUGAUCAAGUCAGAUGAUCGGGAGUGGUUUUUCUUUGCACCCAAGGACCGGAAAUACCCUAAUGGGCAACGGUCUAACCGGGCGACAGAAGCCGGGUACUGGAAGGCAACGGGAAAGGACCGUACUAUCCGGUCCAAGAAGAAUCCGGCUACUAUUGGGAUGAAGAAGACUUUAGUUUUCCAUAAAGGGAGAGCACCCAAGGGCGAGCGUACCCAGUGGAUUAUGCAUGAGUAUCGGACUACCGAACCUGAGUACGAGUCUGGUGAUCAGGGUGGUUUUGUUCUUUACCGCUUAUUUAACAAGCAAGAAGAGAAGAGUCCAAGCUCCAAUGCUGAUGAAGUGGAGAGAAGUGGCUUUUCACCUACACCAUCCAGGUCCUCUCCUGGUGAUACACAACAUGAUGCAGAUGCUAUGGAGGAAACUGCGAACACAUCAAACAAGGAAUCUCCAGCAUCAGAUUUGCAAGAAGAUCCUCUGAGUAUACCCAAUUCUGUUGAAAAUCAGCCUGCAGGUAUCAAAAGAUGGCUGGCAGAUAAAGCUGAUUGCUCAACAGCUUACACUGUUAAAGCAGACGAGAACUUUCACAAUAUAAAUCCUGAAAAUUGUGUGGGAGAAGCAAGAGCAAAGGCCGAUCCUCUGCACAAUUCUUUUGCUCAGAUUUCUGAACAGCAGAAUGAAAAAAUUGAUCCCAAUGAAUUUCCGAACAUCAGUUCCCCAAUGCUUCCAUACACAGACCAUCGUUUCUUUGGUAAUAUAAACCAAGAGCCGGACAUGGGGUUCAAUUCGGAUAAUAUUCAGAAUGACGAGAUGAAUGAGCUCUUGAUCCAACUUCUUUCCGGACCAGAUGAGUACCCGUUUGCUGCUACAGAUUUUCCGAAAGAUUCAGUUGCUGAAACAGCCCCACAGCAUAUCAUCUGUGAUGCAGCUUCAUGGAAGGACAGUGGUGCAAGCAGUGAUUUAGAAAUGGAGGGAGGUAUAAAUCAGGGAGCUAGUGUGGAUACUUCUGAUUUGUUUAAUGCUGCAUACUUGCAAGAGCUACAGAUGGAUGCGUGUGAUGAAAUGAAUCUCAGCGCACUCUAUGAAAAUGCAAGUCUGCUUCCUUACACCAGCACCCAAGAUGUAUACUCAGUGGAUUCUACUGCAGAAUCUUUGCAAGAAAUGUACCAUAGCGUGGAAGAAUCAAGUAAUCCAAACAAUAUAAUGGGCGGUGGGGGUAAUCUUACGAGUAGUGGUAUUAGGAUCAUUGCUCGACAAUCUCAGCAGCCAGUGGAUCCAAACUUUGUAUUUCAGCAGCAGGGCACUGCAAAUAGAAGGAUCCUGCUACAGAAUUCAAUUCAAAACCCGUUAUAUCCCAAAGCUGACAGUGAAACAAGCUGUACCAAACAAGACUGCGAAGAACGUGAGACGAUCUCAAAACCUGUAAAAGAGUCAUCAGUGGAGGAAACAUCGACAGCCGAGAAGGAUAUUCCUACAACUGGAAUUACUAUCAGAGCUCGGCAACCACGCCACUCUCUGAACUCAAAUAAUGUGGUAACUCAACAGGGCACGGCAGUAAGAAGGUUGCGCUUGCAAUGUAAGCUUCAGGCUGGACCAUCUUUUUGCACGGAUAAUGAAUCAAGCAGAACUAAAGAAGAUGGCCAUCAAAACAAGGUGGCUGAAACUGAGGUUAUGGAGCAUGUGGAUGAAAACACGCCGAAUACUAGUGAUGUUCCAGGUGUCGAUCUUGUCGACAAGCUUGCUGAGCUGUCUGUGCAUGAUGCGGAUGAUACGCCGCAGCCUCUGAAGACCUAUCAAGAAGCUAAACCUAAUCUGCGGCUGAGGGCAAAACGGACAGGCGAGCACGAAAACGAAGUACAGGGCCCAAUUUCACCAAAGAGAGCACCGGGUUCAAUCAUUUACGUAACCUGCUUGGUUCUCUCCAUGUUCCUUCUGCUGCUGUGUGUCGGAAUAUGGAAGUCCCUUCACUCUUAGUUUGUUUAGAGGGGUUUGUUGUAAUACAUAGUGCUUGAAUAGGGCUUUUAUGUUGUGUUUAUGUAGAUAUACACUAUGCGCUGAUGAUGCUCGUGCUGAUGUAUUUAGGGCGUGUAAUAUACGUCUAGGGUAGCCGCAGAAUUGUAAUAGAUGGAUCAGCUUUUUUUUCCCCUGUAUCUUUGUCAGCUUUAUCGUAUCUUCGCCAUGUAGUUUGUACUCUGAAGCGAAGUUUGUUAUAUUGGAGGGAUUAUGUAGUUAGUGUACUCCUCGUAGCUGUCAAAUAGAUCUAAUUAUGUAUUAUUAAUAAUCAUGGAGCAAAUAAAAUGGCAACUGCUGCUUUUUAAUUGUUA